AUGUCUUUAGUUGUGCAAGGUGUCCCACAUGAUUUUUUGGUAGAUACCGGAGCAACUAAAUCUAGCAUUUCUGCUAGAGAAUACAAUGGGCCAGUGACUAAUACAUGUGAAAAAUCUGUUGGCAUUACAGGAGUCCCAAUUUCGUGUCCCAGGACGCCUCCUUUGGAGGUGUAUCCAAAUGACAGCCCUUCAAACAGAUUUGUUUAUGCUUUUCGCAUAAUACCCAAUAGUCCUGUUAAUUUGCUUGGAAGGGAUUUAAUGGCUAAGAUGCAAAUGUCUGUUAACAUUGAUUGCAAGGGAGGAUUGCAUGUUGACACUCCCUGGGAUUCAGUUCCGUUGCUGUAUGCAGCUGAUCCUGAACCUGCCCUUACUAAACAGUUGUACCUUGAUAAACUCAGUUUACAGACUCUUGAGAAUGUGUUUGAGUAUGCCUCACACCCUGACAAAGUUGUGACACAAGCUUUUUACAGACCUUGGAUUACUGACCAUGUUGAGAAAGAGAUGUGGAAAGCACCAGUUAAUGCAGUUGUACUUACACCAGAUACAGUUUAUGUGCAAACACCAGAACAUUUGUGGACAUGGAAAUAUGGCAGGAAUAUUGUAAAAGAUCCUAAGGUUAUACCUGUACAAUUAGAGCCAGAUGCAUUCACACAUGCUUCACAUGUCACUAAUGAUGUGCCAGAGGCACUUGAUGAGUUAAAACAGAGUUUAUGGGCCACUGGAUUUAAUGAUCCAGGUUUCAUCUCAUGCACACCAUAUAAAGCCACUCUCAAACCAGGUGCUAAACCUGUAUACAUUAAGCAGUACCCGUUGUCUAAGGAAAAAGAACAGGGAAUAGCUCCUGUAAUUAAGGACCUAUUGUCUAAGAAAGUUAUUAGACGCACACUGUCACCAUACAAUACACCUAUCAAUCCUGUUCCUAAACCUGGAGGUACAGAAUACAGAUUUACACAAGACUUGCGAGCAGUAAAUGCUCUGGUGCAGCCACUUGCACCGAUAGUGCCAGACGUUAAUGCUAUUUUAACAGCCAUCCCAAGUACUGCAACUUGCUUUACAGUCAUUGAUCUCUGCAGUGCAUUCUUUAGCAUCCCUGUGCAUCCCGACACUCAACCGUUGUUUGGUUUUACGUAUUUAGGGAAUCAAUAUACGUUUAAUCGUUUACCAAUGGGCUUUAUUGAUUCCCCUGCCGCGUACUCAGCUGUAGUUCGUAAGACCCUAGAAUCCUGGACACCUCCUGAAGGUUCCACUUUGAUACAGUAUGUGGAUGAUUUGUUGUUGUGCAGUGUUGAUGAACAGACUUGUAAAACUGACUCUCUCCAUUUGCUUCAGCACUUAGGUGAUGCAGGGCACAAAGUGACUUUGAGAAAAAUGCAAUUUUGUCUUCCACAAGUAACAUACCUGGGUUUUCUUCUUUCAGCAGGCAAGAGACUGUUAUCCCCUGAAAGAGUUAAGGCUCUCAUGGUUAUUCCUCGACCACAAACAAAGACUGCUAUGUUAUCUUUUCUGGUUACAGGUCAGCAUGAACCAGAACAAAUCCACUGGACACAGGCUCUUGAUAAGGCCUACAACACCCUCAAGCAGGCUCUCUGUUCCGCUCCAGCCCUAGGUUUACCCAACUAUAACCUACCAUUUCACCUGUAUUGCACAGAAGGGGGAGGUACAGCAGCAGGGGUCCUUGCUCAGGAACACGGUAAUGGGUACAGAGCGGUAGCUUUUUAUUCAAAAUUAUUGCCAACGGUGGUACAGGGUAUGCCAGCAUGCUUAAGAGCUACAGCAGCAUGCGCUAUGAUGGUGGAAGCGGCACAAACAUUGGUACUGUCACAUUCUCUGAUAUUGCAUACAUCACAUCAAGUCUUGCAAGUGUUAAAUAAUCUCACUACACAGCACAUGACUGCACAGAGAAGGUCAGGCUAUGAAACAAUUCUCACAUCCACUGCAAACCUCACUAUCAAAUACAUUGCACCCACAGGAGGCCCAGCACCUUUAUUACAUGCAUUGAUUUCUAAAUGUCCUUUAGAACACCCUGAGGACCACAAUUGCAUAGACACUGUACACACAGAGACGUCACCACGUCUAGACUUGCAAACAACUCCACUAGAGGAGGGAGAAGUUGUUUUUGUUGAUGGGUCAUGUUCUAAACCUGCUGAUGGUGUUUAUCUUACAGGCUUUGCUGUGGUACAGUUACCCGACACAGUGGUUACUGCUGGUUCUCUGCCUUUUGUGUCAGCCCAAGCAGCUGAAUUGGUAGCCCUAGCUCAGGCAUGUAGAGCGUUUGCGAUGAAAGAUGUGACCAUUUACACUGACUCAAGGUAUGCGUUUGGAGUUGUGCAUGAUUUUGGAGUGAUUUGGCAGAACAGAGGUUUUGUUGCAGCUGAUGGUAAGAGUAUCUCACAUUCUACACUGGUACAGGAACUCUUAGAUGCAAUUAAAUUACCACAUAAGCUAGCAAUUGUUAAAUGUAAAGGCCACAGUACUGACUCCACUGACGUUAGACUUGGCAAUGAUUUUGCAGACACCAUUGCUAAGGAAGCUGCGUUUCGGGGUCCACCGCACCCUGACUAUCUCAGCACUACUACACAGGAACAGUUACACAUGGUAAUGAUUCCUGCCUUAGCAUCUGAUGUGGAUGUGGCGCACCUACAGUUUGGCGCAACUGAAACUGAUUUACAGACUUGGAUCUCUGCUGGUCUGACCAAAGGCCAAGAUGGCCUGUGGUCAGACGAGGAGGGGAGAGUAGGGAUACCACAAAUUGCCGCACCUUUGUUUAUUAGUCAUUUUCAUGGUUUUGGCCACAUAAGUAAACAACAGACCAAGAAUCUGAUGACAUCCAAGUAUGUCAUUAAAGAUCUGUUGCGCAUGAUUGAUAGACAACUGGACAGAUGUCUAACUUGUGCCAGAAAUAAUCCUGGAGGCCUUGUACAUGGUAAACUUGAGCAUUUACCACCCCCUGAUGGUCCUAUGCAGGUAUUGCAAAUUGAUUUCACACAUGCCCACUGCGCGAGGUGGAUACAAGUAUCUUUUAGUCAUUGUUGA